CCCUUGGUUUCUCCUGCUGUCUGCCUAAUCUCAGUCUUCCGCAGCCAAAUUAAAUAGUGCUGUUUUUGUGAAGCGACUUUUAGACUUUCAUCUUCACGCAUCCCAAUCACUCUCGAUGGAGCCGCUGAGCUACUCGUCUCACACAGAUCUUCAGUCUGACAGCCCUGGUAAUCAGCACCGUAUGUGGUAGGCUAGCGGUACGCUGCUCCUCAUUUCCGCAUACUUCAGUCGGCUCUACUCUGUUAAGAAACAUGGCCUGGAUCCAUCCAGUAGUCUGGCUACUUUGCGUUUAUGAAUGCUGGGGUUUAGCGAUCCCCAGGGCCUCCUCCGAGGCUGUUUUGCAUGGGGAACUGCAGUCACCCCUGCACCCCCAACCGUACCCCCCCUCGCUGUCGGAGCCAUGGUACCUCUCUGUACCCGAGGGCUACAGAAUCAAGCUGACUUUCAUCGACCUGGACGUCGAGCCGUCGCCCGACUGCUACUACGACUCUGUGACGGUGAUGUACAAGGCGAAAGUGUUGGGAAAGUUCUGCGGCCAGAAGAACUCCGUAGAUGGUCACCACCCUGGCAACGAACCCAUCCUGUCUCCAGGCAACCACCUCCAUGUCAUCUUUCAGACCGAUGAUUCCAACGCUGGGCCCCACCAGUACACUGGCUUCUCGGCCUUCUAUCAGGCUAUAGAUGUGGACGAGUGUGCCUUGCCCGAACCGGACGAUGGCUCGGGACCGCUGUGCUCUCAGAUCUGCCACAAUACCCUGGGCUCUUACCUGUGCUCCUGUCACCAUGGCUACGAGCUCAGACCCGACCAGCGAACCUGUGAUUUGCACUGCGGAGGGGGGCUUUUCUCCGAGCCAGAGGGAGUUUUGUCCAGUCCGGGAUACCCCCAGCCGUCCCCCCACGGACUGUCCUGUCAGUACCACAUCUCAGUGGAGCCCGGAUUUACCGUGACUCUCAAUUUUACCGGGCUGUUCCACAUAGAGACUAUAGAACAGGAUGACCGAAUAUGUCCCUUCCACUGGCUCCAGGUGUCAGUCCCAGGCAAAGACCCUAUGAAGCUGUGCGGGCAGAAGAGUCCGGGAGUCAUUCACACUCAGUCCCACAGCGUUGAGCUGGAGUACCACACUGACCUGCAGGGGCUCAGCCGCGGCUGGCACAUGCAGUACAGCACACACAGUGAGGGCCAGAGGGGGAGGGAGCGAGGGACUUCACCUCAGUAUCUCUACAGGGACUACAUCUCCGUACGGUGUGACAUUGGCUACAAGUUAAUGAUGGGGGGUGAAGAGAUUCAGAGCUACUUCUCAGUGUGUCAGAAUGAUGGCCAAUGGCACAUUCCUCUCCCCGAGUGUCACGUGAUUGACUGUGGGGAACCAACUCCUUUGUUGAAUGGAGGAGUAUCAUUUCUAUCUGGUGCCGAGAACAAGUACCUCUCUGUCAUUGAAUAUCGCUGCAAUGAACCAUUUUACUCCUUGGCAAAAGGAGCAACGGUAAAUUACACAUGCGCAGCAGACAGGAAGUGGAAAGACCACGAGAGCAAUUACAUCAUCCCCAAGUGUUUCCCAGUUUGUGGCCGUCCCACUGUCGCCUUCGAGGGCUUCCAGAGGGUGAUGGGGGGUGCAGAUGCACCAGAAGGAGCCUUUCCUUGGCAGGUUUUCUUAGUGUUGUCUGGGAGGGGUGGAGCGGCUGUGAUUGGGGAUCGGUGGCUCCUCACCGCAGCCCACAACGUGAUGACACAUGACACCAACCAGGUCGUCAGUGUGGACAGCGUGAAGGCAUAUGUGGGAAGCAAUGAUGUGGAACGACUCCUUAACACUUCUCACCUCAGGAUUGCCUCAAUUCAUCCUCAUCCUCAAUACAAUAGUGCAUCUGGCACUAACUUCAACCAUGACAUUGCCCUGAUCAAACUUCACGAGCCGCUCACAUUUAACAAGUUUGUCAUGCCCCUGUGUCUUCCAGCGAAUGGCGCAAAAUACCAAAGUGGGGGCAAAAUGGGGGUGGUCUCAGGUUUUGGGGUGACGGAGGACCAUUACAUCAGUAACACGCUCAAGUACCUGGAGCUCCCUCUGGUGGAUCAAGGCAAAUGCAGAGAUUCCAUUGCUGAAAAAACAAAAACUGGAAGACAAGCCCCCGAUUUGACUGACAACAUGUUCUGUGCUGGAUUCCCAGAGGGGACCAAGGACACCUGCCGAGGGGACAGUGGAGGAGCUUUGGCCUUGAGGGAGAAGGACCAGGAGCCAUACUGGGCUGCUGGGAUUGUUAGCUGGGGUUUUAAUUGUGGGGUUACGGGUGUUUACGGGGUUUAUACCCGUGUUGGGAAUUACCUUGAUUGGAUAAAGAAAACAAUGGAGGAAAUUUAAAGAGGUAAACAGUCAAGUGAACCAUAAUUUUAGUUGCCAGAUAGACCAGUAACUGCUUGGCUGCAACAACAGUACAAUUUAUAAUGUCCCAAUAAUAAGCCACUUGAAAAUGAAAUGUAAUGUAAUCGCUAAAGGUUUGAGAUGUAAGUAAAUGUUUCAGCUAUGUUUUUGUUGGCUAGUUGGAACACACAGAUAAUGAACAGUUGCAUGUGAUACUUCUCAAAAUGUUCAUUUUCCUCCUUGGUAAAAGAAUUAAAUGGCACCAGUCCACUGUUUAAUUCUGCAUCACGUGGUGCAAUGGUACAAUGCAA